CAAACUGACUCACCUCACAAUCUGCACCUCCAGGCGCUAUAAUGACGUACGCGUUCAUCGGGACGACCAUCUCGUGCUUCAUCGUGGGCUCGAUUAUGCAGCUCUUGGUAUACAUGAUGCCGGACGCGCUCAAGGAGUUUUCGUUCAACGACUGCCUGUACUUCGGGGCCAUCAUAUCGGCCACGGAUCCGGUGACAGUGUUGGCCAUAUUCAACGACCUGCACGUGGACGUCACGCUAUACGCCCUGGUCUUCGGCGAGUCCAUACUGAACGACGCGAUCGCCAUAACCCUGGCCGGCAGUAUCGACUCGUUUGCUAAUCACUAUAACGAGGGGUUUUUGGCGGCGGUGUUCCGCGCGUUUGGGAACUUUAUCUACAUAUUCGUCCUGUCCUUCAUCCAGGGCUCGAGUAUAGGCUGUGCCACCGCCCUGUUGACCAAAUUCACCAAACUAUGCGACUUUCCCCUCCUCGAGAGCUCACUAUUCGUGCUCAUGUCGUACUCCACGUUCCUCAUGGCCGAGGCACUCGAACUGUCCGGCAUUGUGGCCGUCCUAUUCUGCGGCAUAUGUCAGGCGCACUACACGUUCAACAACCUGUCGGACGAGUCCCGGAGCCGUACGAAGUCGUUGUUUGAAUUGUGUAACUUUAUCGCCGAGAACUUCAUAUUCACUUACAUCGGGGUCUCAAUGUUCACAUUCCCGCGACAUUUGUGGUCCUUUUGGUUCAUCAUAUUCGCGUUCAUAGCCAUAGCGGUGGGUCGGGCCCUAAACGUCUACCCCCUGUCCAUUAUAUUGAAUUUUGGCCGAAACAACAAAAUACCCCUUAAUUUUCAACACGUCUUGUUCUUCAGCGGUUUGCGCGGCGCGAUGGCAUUCGCGUUGGCCAUACGGAACACCAUUACAGAGCCCCGGCGCCUGAUGCUGACCAGCACUUCGCUUAUAUCCAUAGUGACGGUGAUUGUGUGCGGGGGCUGUACGCCUCCCCUACUCCAACAGCUGCGGGUGCCGGUGGGCGUGGAGGAGGCCGAGCACGAGAUGUUGCAGUUCAGUGGCGUCCGACGCUCGGGGUCAGCCCAGACACCACAAGACCUGCGCUCCCCAUCCAUCACCACAGAUAUGCCCACACGGAGUGCUUACGAGAAGGCAUGGCUGGUCCGCAAGUGGUAUAACUUCGACGUGCGGUUCAUGAAACCCCUGCUCACGCACUCCCGGCCCUCGCUCAUGGAUACCCUACCGGAGUGUUGUCUGCCAUUAGCGCGGAUACUGACCACAACUCAGCAGAUGAGCGCCGAUGAGUACCACCGAAGGAACGAUGAGGACAGUGAUGACGAUCUUGUGCUACAGCCCAGUGGUGGCCAACAGGAGUCCAACUUUAGCCGAACAAACUCUACAGAAUACCAGUCCACUCAGGAGUACAGUCGAGGCACCGGCGCCUACAUUACCAAUUCGGUGACAGCCGGUGAUGGUGGGGCCACCACACGACCCAACACUCUGGAAUGGGUAGUGUUGUUACCGGACUUAUCGCCAUUUGGGCCCUUACUGCACUUGGCCUGCCAGUCCCUACUCCUUGUCGUCGUUUCCCAAGCAGUUAACCAAAACGGGGAGCUCUUUGAAUUACGUGCACAACUGUCCCCCACAUACCCCUUACCCCAUAUCCCAUACACCUACCCAUACCCUUCCAUCCACGCCUACAUACAUAUCAUUUCAAAACGACGAUCUAUUUAUACGCACGACUCACAUAUUCAGAUGCACUCGGACUUAGGUCUGCCAUUGAAUGCAACAAAUCUCAUGUCAUUAGCCAUCAAAUUACCGGAAAAGCGAAGCUACUAUAUGAACAUUAAGAAUAGUGAGAAUAAAUACGAGACUCAAUGCUUGAGGAGCGCCGACUGUUUGGACAUA